AUGUCUGGCUCACCUUCGAACGCCGCCCCAGGAAUCAAUGCGGAGGGCUACGCAACUGCCCAAAUCGACCAAGAGAAAAAGAAAGAGACACGUCACGGGCAAGCGAAAGAAGACCUCGGAGGAACCCAAGAAUCGCCGGAGGAACAUACAGCUAUGGGAAAUGGAAGCCGAGGAGCCACGACAACUGCUACCCCCAAAACAUCAAGCGGAGAAGACCUUACACUGAAGGCAAAGGCUGAUUCAAUGGCUCAGAUGCAGCAGCAGAUGUCCGCCGUCCAGAUUUCUGCCGAACCAACGGCUCCUCGAGACAAUCUCGUCAGGUCUCAACGGGCCUCUCCUGGAGCCACGCAUGCUGAUGGAGCGAAAGUUGAACUUCCUGGCAGCAAUGAUCCAACCACCACUGCAGGACCUAAGCACUCUAGCAAUAUCCAGGUGCCAGAGGGAUCCAGAGCUAGGCGCUACUCCUCGCGCCUCACUCGGGGUCCUCUGUCUGACGGUAUCCUCUUGGAUGGUAUACCAGCCAGCCAAUGGCAGCCACCACCGGAAACACGAGGCAGGCUUUUUGGACCUCUGCCAACUAUCAAAUCAACAGUUGAAGGGCAGAUUGCUCCUCAUGCAGCUGCCACCCCUGACACGGGCAUUCUUGGGGGUGCCUUGCCUGGUUUUGCACCCUCCCAGCCGACCAGCCAGUCAUCUACUUCCGCACGCCCUGGCUCUCUGACAGCCGAUGAGCAGAAUUCGGCGGUAUUAGCGAGCGAGCGAGACCAACGAUAUUGCGAAGCUCAUCUAGCUACACGCAAGACCGCUAAGAACCCGGUGGUCCUCCACAAGUGA